UUGAACCCGGAGGCGGUGACGGCAGCUACCGGACCCUGGUGACCGAACUCACAGCGGCCGCCUCAGGCCGGCGGAGCGGGAUGUUACGGGGUCUGGGAAGCUGGUUUGGCUUGGAGCAGGCGUCGACAGGGGGUGACCCUCCCGCUGGCGGUAGCCCCGAAGAGGCGGCGGAGGCGGCUGCGGGAAGCGAGCCCGAGCAGCGGCCCGGGAAGCCCCAGGAAGGGGACGAAGAGCCUCUUCUUCACCAAGCCAAAGGCUUUGGCAAUUACCUAUUUAACUUUGCCACUGCUGCUACAAAAAAGAUAACUGAAUCAGUUGCUGAAACAGCACAAACAAUAAAGAAGUCAGUAGAAGAAGGGAAAAUAGAUGAUAUCAUUGAUAAGACAAUUAUAGGAGACUUUCAGAAGGAACAAAAAAAAUUUGUGCAGGAACAACAUACCAAAAAAUCAGAAGCAGCAGUGCCUCCAUGGGUUGACAGUAAUGAAGAAGAAACAAUUCAACAACAAAUAUUGGCCUUAUCUGCAGACAAGAGAAACUUCCUGCGUGACCCUCCAGUGGGUGUUCAGUUUAAUUUCGACUUUGAUCAAAUGUAUCCUGUUGCUAUGGUAAUGCUUCAAGAAGAUGAACUGCUGAACAGAAUGAGAUUCGACCUUGUUCCUAAACAUGUAAAAGAGGAAGUGUUUUGGAGAAAUUAUUUUUAUCGUGUCUCCCUGAUUAAACAGUCUGCACAGCUGACUGCACUCGCAGCCCAGCAGCAAGCUGUGGGAAAGGAGGAGAAGAGCAAUAGCAGAGAAGGGGACUCACAGCUAACAGAGGCAGUACGACCUAAAACACCACCUGUUGCAAUUAAAGCUCAACUUAAACCUCAAGAGGAUGAAGAAGAAAUAUCAACUAGCCCUGGUGUAUCUGAAUUUGUUAGUGAUGCUUUCGAUGCUUGUAACUUUAAUCAGGAAGAUCUAAGAAAGGAAAUGGAACAGUUGGUACUUGAUAAAAAGGAAGAGGAAAUAACUAUAUUAGAAGAAGAAUCUGCAGAUUGGGAAAAAGAACUACAGCAGGAACUUCAGGAAUAUGAAGUGGUGACAGAAUCAGAGAAACGGGAUGAAAACUGGGACAAGGAAAUUGAGGAAAUGCUUCAGGAAGGAAAUUAAUUUUCUUGGAAUACAAUGUGACCUUUAAAUGUUCCACACACUGACAUCUGUUAACAUCCUGGACUCCCCCCAAUAAGGAGAAACAGAAGAACAUAUGGCAUAUUGAAGGAUCCAUACAUAGAGAAAUAACCAGCAUUAUUUCUUUGUUUAAAAUUGAACAUAGUUUAUUCCUAAUAAUCACAAAAUGUAUGUUUUACACAACAGUGGCUUAUUUGAAUAUAACUUUAGUUUAGGAGUCCUAUUUGUAGGCUAUAUUGAUGUAAAUGUAGCAGAAAACAAGUAAGAUUUUAGAAUACUACAUUCUCUGAGGUUAAAAGUGGGACAUCAUUAAUUUAUUCUUUAUGCAGAGUUUUAUAAAAUUUCUUCAUAUUUGUACUUUUAUCACUGAAAGUUCUUUGUACAUAUGCAUUAAAAUACUUAAUUCUCUUUAACUAUUAUCUCCUAAAUGUCCAAAUCAUGCCAAAGAAUUUAAAGGAAACAUUUCAGAAUUACUGUAUAGAAAUAGCUUCUUUUGGUAAGUACUUUCUGAAAAUUACCUAGAAGCCAAAAAAAUUAUUUCCUGUUGAUUUUUAAUAGCUUAACCCUGGCAUUAUUUGCAUUUGUAAUUAGAAAAACUUAGUGUAGCCUUCCUUUCUUUUUUAAGUAAGAGAAAGAAGUUUAGUCAUAUAUAAUUUUAAUGAUUUUCUUUUUGAAUUCUGUGCCACUGUUGUUUCAAAUCUUAUGGACUUUCAAACCUUUUUGUAUUAAUAGUAUUCAGAAGAUAUUUAAAUUUACUUUUUUCUUGCUUAUGUAGAGAUGAUAUGUAUAAAUACUUUAGCUUCACUUAUACUAAUUAAAUAGUUUUGUAUUUAUAAAA